AUGGAGGAAUCGAGCCUGCUCUCAGCAAUAUUGGAUCAUAGAGAUGCCUUGGCAUCUGUCGCAGAAUUUCUCCGAAUUCUGGCUGGAAUUUGCUGGACUUUAAACUACUUCAGCAUGUUGCGCACGUCGCGAAAAGACAAGAUUCCCAGCACAGGUAUCUUUCCUCUCUGCAAUGACAUUGGGUGGGAAUUCAUAUAUGCCUUUAUCUACCCAACCGCGAGCGCUCAUUGGGAAGGAGGAGUCCGAGUCUGGUUUUUGGUUCAUUGCAUCGUCAUCAUCUUCAUCAUCAAAUAUGCGCACAAUGAGUGGGACCACUUUCCCCUCAUUCAACGGAACCUUUACUUCCUAUAUGGAGUAGUGACUAUUGGCUUCGCCAUCGGCCAAUAUUCGUUUGCGCGAGAGGUUGGGCCUGACUUGGGAUUUUUCUACGGGGGUGUGCUGUGUCAAACGCUGGCAAGCCUGGGGCCAAUUGCUCAGAUUCUUUCUCGGAAUAGUACCCGCGGUGCUUCCCUAUUGACUUGGCUAUUGAGAGCGAUUGCUACUUUUGGUGGAUUCAUUAAGUUGACUAUCUAUUACCUCACUGGAAAUGCUGCAGGACCUUGGUUUGAAAGCCCAAUGUGCAAGUUCUAUAUCGGGUUGACCUUGGUUCUUGAUUUCACCUAUCCGAUCUGUUACUAUGUCAUUCAGCGUCAGGAGUUGGCCAAUGCUCAGAAGGAGAAAAAGGAGAAGAGCAAAUAG